AUGGGAUGUGUUGCCUCCGCCGCGUCUUCUUUGUCGUCGUCGAAGAAGAAGAGGAUGAGGAAGAAGAAGAAGAAAUUUGAUAAGUCUGGUGAUCUGUCGACGUCUGGAUUAGCUUCUGAGGCAAACACUCCUGCCUCUCCAUCGUCUUCCAAGAAGAAGAAAAAGAAACGGAAUAUGGAGUGGGAUAAAUCUGGUAAUCUGUCUACAUCUGUAUUAGCUGAUGAGGCAAACAAUCCUGCGUUUCCUUCUUCGUUGCCAAAGAAGAAGAGGAAGAAGGAGUGGAAUAAGUCUGGUGAUCGGUCGACGUCUCGAUCAGCGGACGCAGUAAACAAUUUUGUGUCUCCUUCAUCGUCGAAGAAGAAACAGAAGCGAAAGUGGGAUACUCCUGAUGCUUUGUCGACGCCUGGUUCAGCGGAUUGGUUGGACAAACCUGUGUUUUCUUCGCCAUCGUCACCGCCGAAGAAGAAAAAAAAGAAGCACACUUUCGACAAGUCUGGUUCUUUGUUGACUCCUGAUUCAACAGUGUCCCAUUCAUCGGAGAAGAAGAAGUGGAUGACGAACUGGGAUACGUCUGGUGAUUUGUCGACGCCUGGUUCAUCGGACGGGCUAUUCAAUUCUGCGCUCCUUUCGUCGAAGAAAAAAACAAAGAAGCAAAAGUUGUAUAGACCUGGUGAUCUGUCGACGCCUGAUUCAAUGGACGCAAUAAACAGUUCUGCCAAUUGA